AUGACUGACUGGACAACGGGCAUUAUGCCGCUGCACCAGGUGCACAAGCCUCCUUUCACAAUCGAGGCUCCUGGCUACGAGAAGGUCCCCGGCGAAACCAUCCCUCGACGUCAUCCCAAGGCCAAGGAUGGUCUCGUCACCUAUCCUGCUCCCGAUGCCAGGACCGUCUUCCAGGUCGUUGAGCGCAGCGCCCGACUCUACCCCAACCAUCAUGCUGUCGGUGCCCGUAAGCUCAUCAACAUGCACACUGAGAAGAAGAAGGUCAAGAAGAACGUCGAUGGCGAGAUCCAGGAAGUUGAGAAGGAGUGGUCCUACUUCGAGUUGACUGGCUUCGAUUACUUGACUUACCAACAGUACCUCGAGCGCGUUCUGCAGAUUGGCUCCGGUCUACGGAAGCUGGGCUUGACAAGUGAUGACAAGCUUCACAUUUUCGGUACCACCAGCAUCGGUUGGAUCUCCACUUCCCACGCAGCUGCCUCACAGUCCAUCUCGAUUGUCACCGCCUACGAUACACUUGGUCCCAGUGGUGUCGAGCACUCUCUCGUUCAAACCGAAUGUAGCGCCAUGUAUGUCGAUUCGCAACUCCUCAAGACAGCUUCAGAUCCUAUCAAGAAGUCCUCCGUCAAAACCGUUAUCGUCAACGACCGAACGAUCUUCGCCAAGGGUGGUGAGCUCGAGGCCUUUAGGGCCGAUCAUCCCGAUCUGAAGAUCAUCACUCUUGAGGAACUUCGCCAGCUCGGUCAAGAUAACCCCGUUGAGCCGAACCCGGCCAAGCCAUCCGACCUUUACUGUAUCAUGUACACUUCUGGUUCCACUGGUCUGCCCAAGGGUGCCUGCAUCACCCACGAAGCUCUGAUUGCUGGAGUCACCAGUUUGUACACCUGUGUCGAAGAAUGCGUUAGUGAUAAGGAAUGUAUUCUUGCUUACUUACCUCUCGCUCAUAUUUUCGAAAUGGCACUCGAAAACCUCGUUAUGUACAUUGGAGGAACUCUUGGAUACGGAAACCCACGAACGCUUUCUGAUGCAUCAAUGAAGAACUGCGCUGGUGAUAUGCGCGAGUUCAAGCCCACUGUCAUGGUAGGCGUCCCCCAAAUCUGGGAGACUGUGAGGAAGGGUAUUACAGCCAAGCUCGAGGCUGCCAGUCCUCUCCUCAAGAACCUAUUCUGGGGCGCAUACAACUGGAAGGCGUUCGCCUCUAAGAACAAACUGCCUCUGGCGAGCUUGUUUGACAGCAUCGUGUUUGGCAAAGUCCGCGAGCUGACGGGUGGUCGUAUGCGCUUCACUAUGAAUGGCGCCAGUGGUAUUUCCGAUGGUACAAAGAACUUCAUUUCGUUGGUCGUUGCUCCCAUGUUGGCUGGUUACGGCCUCACUGAGACCUGCGCCAAUGGCUCUCUGGGCUGCCCACUUGAGUUCUCGCCCGAUGCCAUUGGUCCUACCCCUUGCGCCUGUGAAGUCAAGCUUGUUGCACUUCCCGAGCUAGGCUACUCAACUGAAGCCAAGGUUCCACAAGGCGAGAUCUGGAUCAAGGGUUUGCCAGUUAUGACCAAAUACUGGAACAACCCCGAGGAGACAGAAAAGGCCCUGACUCCUGACGGCUGGUUCAAGACUGGCGAUAUUGGAGAAUUUAAUGCUCAGGGCCACCUUCGAGUCUUUGACCGCGUCAAGAAUCUCGUUAAGAUGCAGGGCGGUGAAUACAUCGCCCUUGAGAAACUCGAGUCUGUGUACCGUGGUGUCCAGUCUGUGGCCAACGUUAUGGUCCACGCCGAUCCCGAGCACUCACGCCCUAUUGCCGUUAUCAUGCCGAACGAGAAAGUCUUGCACGAGAAGGCCAAGGAGCUGGGUGUUGAUGAGCACAACCUCCACACUGUCCACACCAACCCCAAGAUGGUCAGCUUUGUUCUCAAGGAUCUCCAAGGUGCUGCAAAACGUGCUGGUUUGAGCAGUAUUGAGAUUGUCGUUGGCGUUUUGAUCACUGACGAAGAGUGGACAUCGGAUAAUGGACUUCUCACCGCUACUCAGAAGCUGAACCGACGCAAGAUCACGGAACACUUCAAGAAGGACAUCGCUGCCACCCUCAAGAGCACCGGCUCUUAA